CGCAUCAGUAGCCACGGAGUUACUGCACAUGCGCGUUGAAGACCAUUAUGUGACAUGACUAGUUAGUACGAAGCAGCGACCAAGUGUCGACGUUUAUAUCGAGGUUCUUGCGGUGCGUCUUCGUCGUCAACACAGUCUUCAACAGGUUCCAGGAGCGGAUUCGCGCUACGCCGGAAAUGCUCGUUUUAAGAUUCAUCCUACCCAUCGGCCUUGCACACGUAGUCCGAAAUUUCGCAGUUGCAGCGGCAAUGAGCGGAAACAAGGAUUACAAAUCGGCCACGUCGAUCUACGACUUUACGGCCAACUCCAUCAGGGGAGAGGAAGUCCCUUUGUCCAAGUACAAAGGGCACGUGUGCUUGAUCGUGAACGUCGCUUCGAAGUGCGGUCUUACAGCGACCAAUUACAAAGAGCUGAACGAGCUGUACGACGAGUACGCCGAAUCUAAAGGAUUGCGAAUCUUGGCGUUCCCCUGCAACCAGUUUAACGGACAAGAGCCGGGAGACAGCGAAGAGAUUUGCAGUUUCGCUGAUCGCCACAAAGUGAAGUUCGACCUGUUCGAGAAGAUAGACGUAAACGGGGAUAAAACGCAUCCGCUCUGGUCAUAUUUGAAGAAGGAGCAAGGCGGUUUACUGGGCAACUUCAUAAAAUGGAACUUCACCAAGUUCAUCGUGGACAAAGAUGGCAAGGUCGUCGAACGGCACGGCCCUAACGUAGAUCCGCACAAGCUGAAAGGCUCCCUCGAAAAAUACUUCUAAGCAGUUUCUUCUUUAUAUCACGUUUUUUUACGAGUAUAAUGGUCUAUAACGUUUUGACUUGAAGUAAAUUAGCGGUAGCAUUGAGUAGUUGUUCAAUACACUAAAGAUAUGGAAAUUCUUUUCUUAUACAUUAUAUAUUAUAUACGUAUAUACAUACGUCAAAUAAUUUGAGAUUAUAUUUUCAAUAAAACAAUACGGGUGAUAUAUAAUUCCGCAUUGCCUAAGUAACUUGAAGUUGAUAUUAGUAAGUGUCUCGUCUUGUCUCGUCUCGACAAAGUCUGUCGAAAUCACACUCACAAUGAGGGGCAAAUUUAUCAGUUUCACGUAAACAAUUGUGAUUCUCAUGAAGAAUUUACUGUUUCUUUCUGUUUUGCAUUUUAUUCGCACUAUAAUUAAUCUCGCCAAUUAUAACAAUCUGUACUUGUGCAAUUACGUUUAUCUAUUUUUUGCUGCGUACGCACGUAGUGUAUACGUCAUGUUUAUGUGAAGACGUUAAUGUACACAGAAAUAUCUCAUACAACACAAGGUUACCCAGCACGAUAUAGUGUGGAGAGAAAAAAAA